ACAGAUACGUAUGCAAUUACAUGGUUAUCAACGAUGAUUUAUUACCCUUCUAGUCUGGAGACUCGUAUAUUUUCACGCUCCAACAUGAUGAAAUGUUCACUCGGUACUUUCGCUUCUACAGUUCGUCAAGCUAUCUGCAAAGGUACGUAUGCCGGAAAGAUGUGCACAAACAGAAGACACCAGUUGAAUUAGUAGAGAAUGAACAUGCGAUAAGGAGUCAAUGUGUUCCAUACGUACCACUAACUCAUCAGAGACCGAAUUAAAAUCCCGUGGAACAAAGACUUGGAAAACGGAAGAGUAGAAAGAAAGAAAAAAUAAAGAAUUAAAAAUGGGUUACGACGACGUAAUAUCACACACGGGAGAAAUUGGUCGGUACCAGCGAAGAAUAUUCCUUGUCAACUUCUUACCAGCGCUAACCAGCGCCUUUCACGUAAUGGGGGGAGUUUUCCUGGGAGGCGUACCAAAAUUUAGAUGUCUGACACCCGAGGAAGACCGAGAAAAUGCAACGUACAUUCUGCAACCAGAUACGGCGAACUUUACGCAUCCAUGGGAUAAUGCGACACAAAGUUCGUCGCAGUGUGAAAGAUAUAACCGAACUAACGGAGACCUCUAUCAGCUACGGAGUAACGAUACAUUGUCAACAUUUGGUUUGGUGAAGUGUGACUCUUUUGCCUACGAUGACAGCCAAUACGAGGCAACCAUCAUAACCGAAUGGGACCUAGUAUGCAACAAUGCCUCGUUGAAAACUGUCAGCGAGUCAAUGUUCAUGAUAGGAGUGAUGAUAGGAGUUUUGACUUUCGGUGCAUUGUCUGACAGAUACGGACGCAAGCGAAUUCUCAUACGGGGUUCAGUACUGCAGUUAAUUUCGGGACUACUGGUCGCUGCUUCGCCUAAUUUCACGAUGUACGUAAUUCUCAGAAUGAUUGUAGCGACAACGAGUACCGGACUUUACCUUGUGGCUUACAUUGCUGCAAUCGAGAUGGUUUAUCGAAAGAAGAAAAUUCCAGCUGGGACAAUUAGUUUCUUUUUCGUGGGAGGUUGUCUUCUGACCGUCCUUUUAGCAUAUUACAUUAGAAAUUGGAGAAUUUUACAGCUGGCUUAUACCGCGCCUACCCUUUUAUUCCUAGCAUUUUCAUGGUCUAUCCCAGAAUCUGCGCGAUGGCUGCUAAGCAAAGGGCGAGUGGAAGAAGCGAAAAAUAUACUUCACAAGGCAUCGAUGGAAAACGGGGUGAAAUUACCGCGGGAUACAUUGGACGAACUGCUGAUAACAGGAAGUGAAGACAAGCCAAACAGUAAAAAAUCCUCAUUGCUUGAUCUUCUCAGAUACCCAAACAUCAGGAAAAGGAGUCUGAUACUCGCCAUUAUUUGGUUUCUCAACAAUUGUACGUAUUACGGUCUAUCAUGGAACACCGCGAACCUUGCAGGCAGCGUUCACGUAAAUUCUGCAAUUGCUGCCUUCGUGGAACUACCCGCAAUUGCAUUUUUAAUGUUCACCGUUGACAAGUGUCGGAGGAAGGUUGUUUUGGGCACCUGUAUGAUGCUAUCGUCCGUGUCAUUACUUUCUACAGUUUUCGUUCCUCACGACAUGGUAUGGCUAGUGACGGGUUUGGCCAUGAUAGGAAAAUUGACUAUCACAGUCUCAUAUUCAACCCUCUACAUCUUCACAUCAGAGCAGUAUCCUACAUCGGUUAGAAAUAUUGGCGUCGGAACAUGUUCAGCGACUGCUCGGUUCGGUGGAGUUGUAGCACCAUUGGUUCUCCAGUUGUCUCGAAUUUCGUCGCUUUUGCCACUCAUUACUAUGGGAUGCAGCAUAGUGCUCGCCGUGUUGCUGUUACUACUCCUUCCAGAAACAUCGAAGAAAAAGCUACCGGAAACAAUAGAAGAGGUGGAAGGGUUUGGAAGGCGUAAGAAGAAAAGUAAACAAGCCAACACCUUCUUGAAUGGUGUUGAUAACACCCAGGCGUUACAGAAACCGUAAAAUUAAUAAUUUCAAAUUGUUGAAGAAAAACCGUGAGGGUGUUAAAUUAUUUAUUUAGUACGAAGCUAGUCAGAUGGCGCACGUAUGUAACCACUUGUAGCGCGCGUACGAAAUAUAUCAAGUCAGCGGAGGGAAAGAUGCAAUGUCAAAUUGCAAACUUAAUAGUCACCUUCGCAUAUUGAAGCUAUUCUAUUCAAAACGCAACUAGUUUUUUCACCCGCACUAACCAUAUUCCACAUCAGAAAUACGUGAAAUAUCCAACAGAUGUUGUACAUGUAAUCAUUGCGAACAACCUUACAAUCAAGUGAACCUGUUCUAUUUUUGGUCUGAAAAUUGAAAAUUGAUGCUGAAAACUGCUUUAAAAAUAGUUGAGGUUUCGCGAGUGAUACAGUAGAUGAAAUAUCA